AUGGACCAACAGUGGUCUCAAAAAUGUUUACUACAACUCAAAAGGAUACUACACCUUUCGGUUGAUGCUGUGGAGGAUAUGAAGAAGGUCUUGGCUCUUAACUCUGUCCAAAUUGGGGGUAAACGCCUAUACCUUGCACCUUGGACUGAUGGAGCAAAUUUUCAGAAAAAUGUGAUUAAAAAAGUCUCCACUUGGGUGAAACUUGUUGAUGUUCCACACUCUUAUUGGACAAGGGAGGGUCUCAAGCACAUUGCUAGUGCUGUGGGAGUCCCAGUUAGUCUUGAUAAGCAAACUGCCACACUGAAUCCUAUGAAGUAUGCUGGGGUUCUUGUAGAAAUCACUUAUGAUUGUUCCUAUCCAAAGGCAGUUUGGGUCCCUGUUAUUGAUGAGGAUACGGGUGAAGUGGUCAAAGUUAGGGUGGGCAUCGACUAUAGUUCGGUCCCACAGUCUUGUUCCUACUGUAAAGCUUUUGGGCAUUUUGACUCAAGAUGUGAAAAGAACCCCUCCUAUGUGAAGCCCCCCACCAAGGAAAAGGCUCCAGUAAAGAAAGGGAAAGAAAAAGCUGAGUUUAUGGGUUGUCCUGUGGAGAAUGAUCCUACUGUGAACCCCACCCCUGUUCAACCUGUCACCAACCCAACCACCCCCAACCCUGAUGUUGUUGGCACCUCUAACAAGUUUUCUGUUCUUGAAGAAGGAGAAAUUGUGUCCUUAGCUGAAACUGAGGUUGUUGGAACUGAUUCUGAGCCUGUCUCUGUUAAUCCAAUGAAGGGAAUACUAUGCCCCAUAGUGUCCCUGAAGUGCCCGUGGAAUGCCCUGCUAAUGCGUCUGUGGUUGAUGCGCCUGUUAAUGCGCCAGAUGCGCCCGUAG